AUGUUCGCCAACACCAAGUUCUUCGCCAUUGCUCUAGCUCUCGCAGCGAGCCUCCCUGUUGGCAUCGCCGUCCCAGCUACCACCCGGGACGUCCCCGAUGGCAUCACCUGCGAAACCACUGAGGGUAGUCCUGAUACGGGAUCCGUUACGGACGUUAUCAACCAAGUCCGCGGGCAGGAGACGUACGCAUGCGGAAACGACAAUGACAUGGGCAGCGGCUGCACAACUCAGGUCAGCCACAAAGAAGCUGCUAUUUCUAUGUGCGGUAGCCCCGGUGGUAUGUCGUGCCCCGAGGUCGCUUCUCUGGCCAAUGCUAUCCAGCAGACCUGCUUGUCCAAUGGCAGGGUUGGCGGCCAGUACCGUAAGGGCGAAUAUAUCAUUGAGGUUAUCCACUCCUAA